CGGCAGUCAACUCAACACACCACCGCUUGACACCGUCCGAGCUAGACGUGCCGGUCGGGUCCUCCAAGAACCAUUUGAAAGACAUUUUAGAAAUAUAUUUAUAUUUUAAUUUACAAACAUGAGGGAAAUUCUUCACCUACAGACUGGUCAGUGCGGCAACCAGAUUGGUUCCAAGUUCUGGGAAAUCAUCAGCGAUGAACACGGCAUCGAUCCUAUGGGCGUGUAUCAGGGGGUCAACAGAGACAUCGAAGAAUUGCAGCUGGAAAGAAUCAACGUUUACUUCAACGAGGGAUCCAGUUACCACCACUAUGUACCCCGCGCCAUUCUCGUUGACCUGGAACCUGGAACCAUGGACUCUGUGAAAGCUGGACCUUACGGACAGCUUUUCAAACCUGACAACUUCGUCUUUGGUCAAAGCGGUGCUGGAAACAACUGGGCAAAGGGACAUUACACUGAAGGAGCUGAACUGGUGGACUCCGUCCUAGACGUCGUUAGAAAGGAAGCGGAAAACUGCGAUUGCCUGCAAGGAUUUCAGUUGGCCCACUCCCUCGGAGGAGGCACCGGCUCGGGUCUGGGAACGCUGCUCAUCUCCAAGAUUCGUGAAGAAUACCCAGACAGGAUCAUGAACACCUACUCCGUUGUGCCAUCACCCAAGGUCUCAGAUACUGUCGUGGAGCCCUACAACGCAACCCUCUCCGUCCACCAGCUAGUCGAGAACACUGACGAAACUUACUGUAUUGACAACGAAGCGCUCUACGAUAUUUGCUUCAGAACCCUCAAGCUACAGAACCCAACUUACGGUGAUCUCAACCACCUUGUAUCCCUCACUAUGUCUGGCGUUACCACCUGUCUUCGGUUCCCUGGUCAACUGAAUGCUGAUCUCAGGAAAUUGGCUGUGAACAUGGUACCCUUCCCUCGUCUCCACUUCUUCAUGCCCGGAUUCGCUCCCCUCACAGCUCGCAACGCUGUCGGUUACAGAACUCUCAAUGUCCCAGAACUCACGCAACAAAUGUUUGACGCCAAGAACAUGAUGGCUGCCUGCGACCCCCGACAUGGACGCUACCUCACCGUUGCCGCUGUGUUCCGUGGAAAGAUGUCUAUGAAGGAGGUUGACGAACAGAUGCUCAACAUCCAAAACAAGAACACCUCCUACUUCGUAGAAUGGAUCCCCAACAACGUCAAGACGGCUGUGUGCGACAUCCCACCACGUGGUCUCAAGAUGGCUUCCACUUUCAUCGGAAACUCAACUGCCAUCCAGGAGAUCUUCAAACGCAUCUCCGAACAGUUCACCGCUAUGUUCAGGCGAAAGGCUUUCCUUCAUUGGUACACCGGAGAGGGCAUGGACGAAAUGGAGUUCACGGAGGCAGAAUCCAACAUGAACGAUCUCAUCUCCGAGUACCAGCAGUACCAGGAUGCCACAGUGGACGACGAGGAAGAUUUCGAGGAGGAAGACGCUCAGGAGGAAACGGAUUAAGGGCCACGCCCCUUUUACUGGUCGUGAAAUGGGAAUGGAACUUUGCUCUCCGCAUUUGAAAUGUCAAAUUCGCAAGAGCGGCUCUCUCGGAACAUUUCAUGAAUCCAGUCACUUUCGUUCCUGUUGAUGCUAAUCCAAUCAGAAAUGUCAAGGAAAACAUAUCUCGUAGGACUACUCGUUUCCAAGAUAUAGAUCCAAUUUCUUUCUUAAUAUAUCUUUGAGUAUCCUCUUCUUUAUCCCUCUGAAUCUUUUUCAUUCUUAAUAUUCUUCGCUGUGAUCUUGCUCUCAUUAUCUCACGUACUAUUUUCUUCCUAUCGUUGCUUUACUGCUUUUUUACCUAUAAAUUAAGGAACAAAUUCUUUUAAGAUUUUUCCAAUUUAUUUGUUCAGUAUCCUUCCCUAACUACUAUUAAAUCCUAUUUAAACUAAAGUGUUCAAAAAAUUAUCUAAUAAAUUAUAUUUUAUUGUUUGCUGGUGCUAUAUUUAGGUAAGACAAAAAAUUUUAAAAAAAUGAAUAAAUAAACGGAUCGCGUACUUUUAGGGUACACCUUCCAUUCACCAAGUGCUUUAAUGUAUGUGCUAACAAUGGGUAGAGUGAGUACACGAAGAAAAGAGUCGGUGAGACUCCUCCUCGAUCAGUAGUCCAUCAUUAGGAAUCUUGUACCUUUUGAACGUCUGGUAUCUUUUGAUUGACCUUAUGAUCCAAUUAGUCUCUGGACUACGGCCGCAAAUUGUGCCAUUACCAUCAGAUUCAUUUGUUUUAUUUUUUUUAUUUUUUAUUGUCAAUAUUAUUGGAAGCUACUUUCAUUGCCGUGGCUUCUGAGUGUUGUGAACGGCGUUUAUGUAUCAUGUGAGCCACUUAACAACUAGUCUAGUUUUGUAUUAAUUUGAGAUAUGUUCCAAGCGUUGAUGAGAAAAAAAAUAUCAGGUGCAGCCAAUUGUCAGGCGGUGUGUGUCAACUUGCUUUGUACUAAUUGGUCCCGUGGUACCAUGCUUUAAAGUGCCAUUUCAUUGGAAAAAACAUAAUGAAACUCUCAAUAAAUUAUUCUAAAGGA